AUGCCUGUGAUUGAACUCGGCGAGUCUAUUCCUCCCGACACGGCGCAUGCCGUCAGCGUCUCUCUACCUACUUGGAAAGCCAACGUCGGAUAUGAGGAAGGUGAAGAAUGGGUUGUCGGCCGCAUGACAACAGGCUACCCUCGCUUCUUCGUCCACCGGGGUAUUCAAGCCUUUGCAAAGGACAUCGUCGCUCGCCAUGGGCGACCUGGUCAGCAGGCCAUGCUCUUCCCCACGCCUAGAGUGGCGAAGCGCUGUCUCGAGUUCAUCCGUCAACGUGCCUCUCCUGAGAUCGCGCGCCAGGUUGACACCAUUGACUUUACUCUGGACAGAUCCAAGGAGCUUUCUCCUCAGCUGAAGAAGCUGUCUUCCACCAUCUCAGCCGUCCUCUACCCUCAGGAGGCGUUUCCCAUUGCCAAGCAGUACUGGCAGCACACUGGUGAUGGCACCUCCAGCAGACGUGCCGAGUUUUGUCACAGGCUUUUCCAGGAUGAAUUCUUGGUCCCAGUUGCGGCUGUGCAGACUCCUCCUGAGACUGCUAGCAGGCCUUUCCGCGGCCCCAAGCGCUAUCAGCGCCCCGGCUCUGUCGACGGUGUCGUGUCGCAUAUCCCCAAGCCGCCCUCUCCUCCGGCUCCCGUCGAGUCUCUGGAGAGCUCACGCUUCCUUGAGGAGCGCUUCGGCAGGAACCUCGAACUCUCCAUGGUUGAGCGCGCCAAGUCGGCCAUCCGCAGGCGCAUCGCCGGUGCCAUGGCGCACGACGUUGACCUCCACAACGGCCCCCUGCCUGCCAUGACGGACAACACCCGCGGCAUCAAGACCCUUGAGGAGGCCGAUGUCUACCUAUACCCCGCCGGCAUGAACGCCAUCUUUAACGCCCACCGCGCCCUGCUCAAGGCGAGAGAGCCGGCCAAGAGCAUCAACUUUGGCUUCCCCUACGUCGACACCCUCAAGAUCUUGGAAAAGUUCGGCCCUGGCUGUCUCUUUUACGGACAUGCUUCUGCUGCAGACCUGGACGACCUCGAGAGCAGGUUGAAGAACGGAGAGCGCUUCCUCGGCCUCUUCUGCGAGUUCCCCGGAAACCCCCUCCUUACAUGUCCGGACCUUGCGCGAAUCCGGAAGCUCGCCGACGAGUACGACUUUGCCGUGGUGAUCGACGAGACGAUAGGCACGUUUGCAAACAUCAACGUCUUGCCCGUCGCCGAUAUCGUCGUCAGCAGUCUUACAAAGAUCUUUUCUGGAGACUCCAACGUCAUGGGUGGAAGUGCCAUCCUCAACCCGGAGAGCAAGUACUACCGUGCCCUCAAGACGGCCAUGGAGCAGGACUACGAGGACACAUACUGGCCCGAGGACGUCAUCUUCAUGGAGAGGAACAGCCGAGACUUCGAAUCGCGCGUAGAGCGUACCAAUGCCAAUUCAGAAGCUAUCUGCGAGGUGCUACGAACGCAUCCCGUCGUAAAGAGCAUCUAUUACCCCAAGUAUAACGACUCGAAGCCUCACUACGAGGCGGUCCGCCUUCCCAACGGGGGUUACGGCGGUUUGCUCUCCAUCGUAUUCCACCACAAGGCCCAGGCCCAGGCCUUCUUUGACGCCCUGCCCCUUGCCAAGGGACCCAGCUUGGGAACCAACUUUACGCUGUGCUCGCCAUACGCGCUGCUCGCUCAUUACCAAGAGCUGGACUGGGCUGCGCAGUUUGGUGUUGAUCCCGAUCUUGUCCGCGUCAGCGUCGGUCUAGAGGAGACGGCAGAACUUGAGAAUAUUUUCCUGGGUGCCCUGAAAGCGGCUGAGGCUGUCCCAGUGUCGAGCUCAUGA